GGCUUCUGAGAUGGGGCCCCCUAAAAGUCUGGACCUCUAACAGGGUAUAAGAGAAGAGAGAGAAGGUAGGGACCGAUAUACUUCCCUGAAGCUACUGUCAUCAGCCCUGGAAAAGAUUCCAGAGAAAGAAGUGAUAGUGAGGACAAGAGGCCAGAACUGACUUUCUCUCUGCAGUAAAAUCAAGAGAAGGGACCCUGGUACCAACAGCAAGAGAGAAAGCAGCUAGCCAACACCGAAACACCUUGGAUAAAAGAAAAAGUCCAACUUGAUUUUGUUCUGGACCAAGAUGGAUCAAGAUUCCCCUGCUAAGUCCAGAGAACAAAAGGUCUCCAGCCAAAGAACAAGGUGGAAAAUACUCCUGCUCAUACUCUGCCUGCUCCACGGUUCAUCCAUGACCUCUCCACACAGAAGACCCCAUUCUGGAGAGCUUCAGGCUGGCUCUUCCCCUUCCAGGACCCCUCUCUGCACUAUGGAAGCACACAGGGCUCCAACACCCCCUUGCUGCUGGAAAAACUCCCUUACAGGUGCAAAUGCACUGAGAGGCCCAAGGCUGGUAUCUGGGGAGCCUGGAGGAGCUGUCACCAUCCAUUGCCAUUAUGCCCCCUCCUCUGUCAACAGGCAUCAAAGAAAAUACUGGUGCCGCCUGGCGCCUCCGUUGUGGACCUGCUACACCGUCGUGUCCACCAACCACUACACCCACCGUGACUACAGGGGGCGCGUGGCUCUCACUGACUUUCCACAGAGUGCUCUGUUCAUGGUGAAGCUGUUCCGACUGUCCCCGAAUGACACGGGACUUUACCGCUGUGGUAUAGGGGACCGAAACGACAAGCUAUUCUUCAGGAUGAAUCUGAUUGUGUCUCCAGGUCCUUCCAACACCACCUAUGCAGCAGCUUCAGCUUCUGGUGAGCUCAUCACAGCAUCUUCUGGGAUAGGAUCCACAGCAGCCAACAGAAGCACCCCAGGAGUCACCCAGAUUCCAGAAGGCCAAGUCUCAGAACCAGACAGAACAGCUCCAACUACAGCCAACAGAAGCACCCCAGGGGUCACCCAGAUUCUAGAAGGCCAAGGCUCAGAACCAGACAAAACAGCUCCAACUACAGGCAACAGAAGCACCCCAGGAGCCACCCAGAUUCUAGAAGGCCAAGGCUCAGAAUCAGACAGAACAGCCCCAAGUACAGCCAACAGAAAGACCCCAGGGGUCACCCAGAUUCUAGAAGGCCAAGGCUCAGAAUGGGGCAGAAUAGACCCAACCACAGCCAACAGAUGGACUCUAGGGGUCACCCAGAUUCUAGAAGGCCAAGGCUCAGAACCCGGUAGAACAGCCCAAACUACAGCCAACAGACAGACUUUAGGAGUCACCCAGAUUCUAGAAGGUCGAGGAUCAGCAUGGGACAGAACAGUUCCAACUACAAGAAUAAGCAAAACUACAGUUUCAGCCAAUGGAAGAUCAACCCCAAGAAUAGCCAAGACAACAGUUCCAGGGAAAAGCAACAGAGAGGAGGGCUCUAUCAAGGCAACAUUCCCCACUCCAGAGAGUCCAGCUUCAAAAUCAAGAAGCAUGUUCAAUACAACACAGGGUGCUUGGAUAUUGGGUGCUAGAAACUCAGUAACAACUAGUGCCAGCACCAGCAAGGGUGGGAGGACAGGUACAGUUACAGAGGCUGAAGGACCACAGGAGGAAACAGAGGUCAGCGUAUCUCCAGGAGCACCCGGAAAGAUCACAGGAACCACCCGGCCAUCAGUCCUGAUCUCAGAGCCUGUGACUUGGGAAACUCUCCAAGAAGCAACAGAGGACAAUUUGUCUAAGCGACGAUUGUUGUACUCCGCAGAAGAGGCAUCCCCAGAUCCAAGUGCAUGGACUUUGAAUGCUACACAUAUGCAAGUGGCAUCUGGAAGCAUUGGUAGAACCCUAGAAAACACUGCUGGAGAAAGUAGCCCCCCAACACCAAGCAGACUUUCAUCUGGGGGCCCGAUGUGGACCCCUGGCAAGAGAUCAUCAAUGAAGAGUGUUUUUACAGAAGGAGAAAGCAACACUUGGAUCCUGACUCCAGUUUCCAGUGUGCUGGCGCUGGUUCUGCUUGCGGCUCUGGUCCUCUUGAAAAGGAGACCCUGGAGGACCUCUCAGAAGACAGAAAGGUCACCAAGGAUCACUCUGAUUCAGAUGACACAUUUCCUACCAGACAAGCUCUCCGAUGUGGGAAAGAGCUUGCAGCAAGGUGACCCUCCUGCCCAAGCCAGCCUGACUGUCCUAAAGAAGGACUCAGGACCCUGAGGAUGGAAAGAUAAACAGCUCAGUCACCAUGGAAGGAGAACCAAGACCAGCUAUCUCCAUGGCUUCUUCACCCCUUUCUCACCUUCAGCCACACGAGCUGACUAAGCUCAGCCACUGAGGAUGCCAGCUCGGGCCUCAGAGGGUCAGGCACUCUCCGCAGCCAAAGGUGACAGACGGUACAUGGACUCAAAGAAGGCUUCAAGAAAGGGCUUUAUGGUAUGGCUGUUUUUCAACUGCCUAUUUUUUUUU